AUGAACCCCUACAUCUUAAUAACCCUCGCAUUUGGCCUUGGCCUCGGUACCCUAAUUACCCUUACAAGCUCCCACUGGCUUCUUGCUUGAAUAGGCCUUGAAAUAAACACACUAGCUAUCAUUCCCCUCUUAGCCCAACACCACCACCCUCGAGCCACAGAAGCUACUACCAAAUAUUUUCUUACCCAGGCAACUGCCGCCGCAAUACUACUUUUUGCCAGCACUACAAAUGCCUGACUCUCAGGCCAAUGAGAAAUUCAACAAAUAACACAUCCUAUCCCCACUACAAUCAUCACACUAGCACUAGCACUAAAAAUUGGCCUAGCACCACUACAUGCCUGACUCCCCGAAGUACUUCAAGGCCUUGACCUGACCGCCGGUCUCAUCCUCUCUACUUGACAAAAAAUCGCCCCCUUCGCCCUCCUUCUACAAAUUAACGUCCCUACUCCCCUCCUACUUAUCUCACUUAGUCUUUUAUCCAUCUUAGUCGGAGGCUGAGGGGGACUAAACCAAAAUCAACUACGCAAAAUCCUUGCAUACUCAUCAAUCGCCCACCUUGGAUGAAUAGUCUUAGUCCUCCAGUUCUCCCCGUCCAUAACACUCCUAACCCUCUCCCUCUACAUUAUUAUAACCUCUUCCCUAUUUCUCUCCUUCAAAACAAACAAAACCACCACUAUUAACGCCUUAGCUACAUCAUGAGCAAAAACCCCCACCCUCACACUUCUAAUCCCUCCAAUUUUACUCUCUUUAGGAGGUUUGCCUCCUCUCACAGGCUUUAUGCCCAAAUGACUUAUUCUCCAAGAACUAACAAAACAAGAUCUUGCUCUCGCCGCAACUGUAGCCGCCCUCUCCGCACUAUUAAGCCUAUACUUCUACCUCCGCCUCUGCUACGCUAUAACCUUAACAAUAUCCCCCAACACCAUCAUUAACACCAUACCCUGACGUCUCCCCUCCACCCAACCCUCGUUGCCCCUGUCCAUCACUGCCUCAUUAACCAUCUGCCUCCUCCCCCUAACCCCCUCCAUCUUAACCAUAACUACCCUUUA